CGUAUAACCUUUAUUUUUCGCUUUUAUUUCUAACAAUAAACAUUACAAAUCGAAUGAAAUAGUGCAAAAUAUUGUUAAGUUUGGAAUUAUAUUCCAACCACCGUCGAAUUUUAUGCCUCAAGAUGUUCUGCUUACAAGAGAAAGAGUUACAUUCGGAUCCAUUUAAUGAAAAGGAUCCUUUGGAAAGUCACAACCUCACAGACUCAAGUGAUGAUGAACCAUCUGCCAAAAGACAUAAAUAUGACUCAGAACUUAACCUUAAAGUAUACCAGAUACCCACCUUUAAUACACCAAAAUCACUAUCAAUCUAUCCUAUACCUUCAAAUACUCUCUCUAAUUCACUACCUAAGUUUGUUAACAACCCAUUAAAUUUAGCAAAUCCAUUAGAUCUAGCUGCUAAUGUUAAUAAUGUAGUGAAGUCAUUGCAAAGUAGAUAUUCAUUGCCUUCAAAGUUGAUGAUAACUCCGGUGCCUAAGACUGAUGGAGAGGUAGUGAGAUAUAAAAAAAAUGGUGAAGUAGCAAAGAAGAGAGGACCACCUAAAGGUUAUAAACGGAAGCCAAAGGAACUAUCUCAGAGUUUUACUAAUGGCACUGUGUUACAGCAAACAAAAAACAAAAUACUGACAAGUCUCCUAGCGACAAACAACACAACAGUGACAACAGUUGAGCCAAUCGCAGAAAUUGCCCCACCAGUUAUAAGCGAACCUAUUAAUUUACCACCAGGUGUAGAGUUAGUAGAACUCUACUUGGAUCCCGAAGACUGGUUCCCAACUGAACCUUAUCGUAUGACAUUCAGUCGGAAAAAGAAUCCCAAGUGGAAGAACUUUCCUUACCGCUGUGAACAUUGUUUUAAGGGCUACCGAGUGGCAUCGACCCUCGUCAGUCACGCGGCAGAACGGCACGGCUCAGUGCCAAAGGACCUCGCCAUACCGUGUCCAUGCUGUCCUCACGUGUCGCUGCGGCGGAAGCAGCACAAGAAACAUUUGGAGACACACACCAGCAGGAAACAUAGGAUAUUUUGUCUCUAUUGUUUACCACCAAAUGAAGUAUCCGAGCCCUUCGUUAAAGAGCCGGUGAAAUAUCCAUUCGACAAAUUCCCACAGUACUGGUAUGCGUCAGAAGAAUCCCUAAGACUCCACAAGAAAAGAAAACAUCCCUACGCAGCCAUGUUUAAUAAUAACUGGUUCGGCACAUGGGCGGAUUAUCAACCGAACAGCUAAGUGUAUAUGUUAUAUUAUAAAAAUUUUAGUUAUACAUUUUAUAUAUGUUCUUAAACAGAUCGAAAAUUUUUCACUUAUACUUAGUAUGUUCGCUUUUAAGUAAAUAUUAUGUGUAAUUUUAAUGUGUAUGUCCACAUAUAACACCCUGUCGGAAUGACAUAUUGAAAUUUUAGAAUACAAUGAUUUUUGAAGUUGUUUUUGGCAAAUCAUCGUGUAUACAUUUUAUUUUAAAAGCCGGUCAACUUAAAUGCAAUACGACUGUUUUAAAGUACCUAAUAUUAUAUUUUUUUUUAUAAAAUGUAUACUUUUGUUUUAAUAGUCAAUUGACAACUGUCAAUCAUUUUUCAGAUUAUCUUUUUUUUAUAUUUUUGACUGCAGUGUUGCCAACUUGGGAGUUUUCCCCCCAAAAUUUAGGGGAAAUCAAUUGUUUAAGGGGGUACUUUUUUCAACAUUUUUUUUAAAACGUUCGGUUUUAUAGAAUUUAUAUUAAGCCUAGAACCCAAUCAAAUUAAACCAAACAUAAACUCGAAGCGUGGCCAUAACUGAAAGAGAAAUAACACGCCAAAAUCGAAUUUUCAUACUACACUCAAGUAGUAUGAAAGUAGUAUUUAUUAUAAAACCGAGUAUACAGCAAGAGCUUUUGGGGUUUUUGAUCGAUAUUUAGCGGCAUUUGAAGUUGGUCCUAAAGAGAACAUACUGUAAGAGUUGGCAAUUACUGUUUGACCGUAAUGAUCGCUGUUCAUUAAGGUCCGAUUCGGAGUCGAGACUUAGAAGGUACGUCGAAAGUACGAUUUGAGAUGGUAGUAAAGUCUAUGUGUUUCGUAAAUCACAUUAAAUAUAAUUAAUAUUUCGAUAAAUUUCUUACCAUCCACCAUAAUAAGAUUUAGUUCGAUAAACCAGAAUGUUACCGGUCAUUUGGCACCGGUUUUCUACGAUUUGUACGAUUUUUGUGAGUGAUUGAAAACGAUGAAAGGUGUAAAUCGUGGUCCUUAUAACUUUUUGUAUGAUUUUUAAGCUUUCAAGUAUUACACAACGAAUUUGAUGGAUAUUUUUGACUCCCUCCCCCAGUGAUUGAGUGAUUUUUUUUACCUAUAAGUCACAAUAUGGCGUAAAGUAAUGGGAUAUUAUUAAUAAAAAUAAUGCUACCUACACAUCCCCCCUUACGCCCCUUAUUGUAACGUUUUAAAAGACUCCCCCCCGUUCUCUCCCUCUCCCCGUAACCAAACCCAAUUUCGUUACGUAAUAC